AACUCGCCUCCAAAGUGCGUCACAUAGGACUGUAUCAAGUGUAGGAAACAGAUGACCAGCAGGGUCAUGUGGCGCUCAUCACAACCUGUGCGCAGAUAAGUUGAUGAAACAGCACCAGAGGAUGUCGUGCAUUUUCCUGAUGUCAGACGCCUUGAACUUCUUCUUGGGUCGAGACGCCUCCUUCCUCUCAUCACUAAAAGGAGAUUGUAAUCUUUUGCUGCUCUGGUGCUGAAACUCGCCCUCGCUGACCCUGGAUCAGCACAUCUCCACACGUCUGUCAUCCCAUCAAUAGACUAUACACCUUGAGGACAUCCUGGCGUUAUCUCUCUCUGACUCUGUCGUUUUUUUGGCUUUGCAAGUGGAAACUGACUCCAGUUGGCCAGGAGUCUGGAAAUUUCUUACAAGAGGUGAUCUGAUUUCUGCUGCAGCUGUGGAUGUGAGACCAAAGAGGACCACAUCACAUGGGAGUGUGUGCCAGUCUGUGUGAGGGUGUGUGUUCAGGCCUCCUGCCGUCGCCCGCUCUUUUAGGACAGGCAUGGCGGGGGGCAGAGAGCGCGGCUCCCGGACACAGAGGCCGUGGUCGGUGUACCGGGCCAACACAUUUGAACUGUCGAGUGAGAUGAUCGGCCUCGCACUUGCAGGAAAUAGUCAGGACCCAGAUGAGCCUGUGCUGGAGUUCAGUGUUGCCUGCACAGACCUGCUGACUCCUGCUUUGGAUCGAAAACCUAACAGCUUUGUAGCAGUGAGCUGCACGACGCCACCGCAGGCCUUCUGGACCAAACACGCCCAGACUGAAGUCAUAGAGGGCACCAGUAACCCCAUCUUCCUCAGCAGCAUCGCCUUCUUCCAGGAGUCCAAUAUCACACAGCAGACACAGGUCAAACUGGCUGUGUACGAUGUCAAGGACCGCUCACAGGGGACGAUGUACAUGUUGGGCUCUGCACUGUUUCCUGUGAAGGAGUUGUUGCAAGAGCGGAGCCACAGAUUACAGCUUGAACUCAGAUCAGCAGAGAACCAGCGGGUGGGGAAUAUCAACAUAGCGGCCUGGCAGAUGGAGGAGAGAGCAGAUCAGAGGAUGUCAGUCGGUCGGCUGCCGGACAGCAUCAACGGCCGGACUAUGCUGCCUGUUGAUGAAAGCCUCACAGAAUCAAUGGGAGUCCGAAUAAAGUACGCCUCGUUAUGCAAAGACAACCUGCUGCGCUCAGUGUUUGGAGGCACAAUGUCACGGAUGUACCGCUUCCCCACAACAGAUGGGAACCACCUACGGGUGCUGGAGCAAAUGGCUGAGAGCGUCCUCUCAUUAAACAUCCCCAGACAGUUUGUCAAACUGCUGCUGGAGGAGGACGCAGCCAGGGUGUGUGAGCUGGAGGAGCUGGGAGAGUUAUCACCCUGCUGGGAGAAUCUGAGGCGACAGAUUGUCUCUCAGUACCAGACCAUAAUCCUCACAUACCAGGAGACACUGUCCGACCUCAACAACUAUAGAGGGCCAUCAUUUAAAGCCAGUAACCUGAAAGCAGAGAGGAAGCUUGAGUUCAUGUCAACAAACCUUCAUGUUCAGAGAAUGAGGGUGCAAGAUGAGCUGGGCUUUGAACACACGUAUGAUGUGAUAACAGUCGGAGCUCCAGCUGCUCACUGCCAAGGUUUUAAAAACAGCGGUUUGAGGAAACUUAUCCAGAAGUUUGAAGAGGCAAAGAAACACGUAUAUGAGGAGGAAUGCAGUGCUCUCUCCAGCUCUCAGUCCAUCGUCUACAUACCCCAGGAUAUCGUCAGAGCCAAAGAGAUCAUCGCCCACAUCAACACGCUGAAGACACAGGUCAGUUACUACACAGAGAGGCUUUCCCGAGCCGCAAAGGACCGAUCUGCCAGCGGACUGGAGAGGACGCUUGCUAUUCUGGCAGACAAGACUCGUCAGUUGGUCACAGUAUGUGACUGUAAACUACUAGCGUCUGCCAUUCAGGCCUUGAACGCUGCCCGGCCAGAGUACAUCGCUUCCAAAGCGUCUCCCUCUGCGGACUCAGAACAAGUUGUCCUUCGUAAUGAUCAGGACACACUGCUGGCAAAGUGGAGUGGUCGCAAUAGCCGAUCAUCACUUCAAGUAGACUGGCAAGAGGAGGAGUGGGAGAAGGUUUGGGUGAAUGUGGACAAGUCUCUGGAGUGCAUCAUCCAGCGUGUGGACAAGCUGCUUCAGAAGGAGAGGAGACCGAGUGACAGCAGUCAGGACAGCGGCCAGGCCGACCUACAGGGUGGCACCGGCAAGAAAGAUGAUGGAAAAGGGGGAGCUUUCUGGAUCAACCCUGACAGUUUAUCACAGGAUUCUCCAUCAACACCCUCCUCAUCACAUCCACCACCAUCCUCUUCAUCAUCUUCAUCACUCGCACCAUCCUCCUCUCAUCCUGCCCUUUCUUCUGAACGUCCUCCCAGCCCUGAACAAGAGCCACAUGGAAGUCCAAUAGCUGAGGAGGCGUACCCAGGGGAGUGGAGCGAGGCGUUGUACCCUCUUCUCACCACACUCACUGAGUGCGUCGCUAUGAUGAGUGACACAGCCAAAAAGUCCAUGGUGUUCCUGCUGAUGCAGGACAGCGCCCCGACGAUAGCUAUGGAUCUUUCACUGCAGUACCGCCGUGAUGUUGUCUUCUGCCAAACGCUCACUGCUCUCAUCUGUGGCUUCAUUAUCAAACUAAGGAAUUGUCUCCGUGACAACGGAUUCCUCAGACAGCUCUACACCAUCGGCCUUCUCGCUCAGUUCGAGUCCCUGCUCAGCACCUAUGGAGAGGAGCUGGCUAUGUUGGAGGACAUGAGUGUUGGCGUCAUGGAUCUUCGAAACGUCACUUUUAAGGUGACCCAGGCCACUGGUAGCUCCGCCCCCGACAUGCUGCCGAUUAUCACAGGGAACAGGGACGGCUUCAACGUCAGAAUCCCGCUGCCUGGAACCAUGUUUGACGCCUUACCUCGGGAGAUCCAGAGCGGGAUGCUGCUGAGAGUGCAGCCAGUGCACUUCAACGUCGGCAUCAACGAGCAGCAGACGCUCGCUGAGAAGUUUGGAGACACAUCAUUGCAGGAGAUCAUCAACUUGGAGAGUCUGUCUAGGUUAAAUUCAUACUAUGAGCAGUUUAAAGAAGUCCUGCCUGAAGACUGCCUCCCCAGGUCUCGUUCCCAGACUUGUCUCCCUGAGCUGCUGAGGUUUUUAGGGCAGAACGUUCACGCCAGAAAAAACAAGAACGUGGACAUCCUGUGGCAGGCAGCUGAGAUCUGCCGUCGGCUAAAUGGGGUUCGGUUUACCAGCUGCAAAAGCGCCAAAGACCGCACCGCUAUGUCUGUGACCCUGGAGCAGUGCCUGAUCCUGCAGCACGAGCAUGGCAUGGCACCACAGGUGUUCACACAGGCCCUUGACUGUAUGCGCAGUGAGGGCUGCAGACGGGAAAACACUGUGAAGAACGUUGGAUGCCGGAAAUACGCGUUUAACUCACUGCAGCUCAAAGCCUUCCCCAAACAUUACCGACCGCCUGAUGGUACCUACGGGAAAGUCGAAACCUGAUCGGACCUCUGCGCUGGGAAAUUAACAGACAGUUCUUUGGUUAGGAAAGCUGUGAUUAUUCGGGAUACAAUCAGACGGACACUGUUUGUCACAGAAGCAGCUGUGUUGGAGAUUUUAGAUUAGAGUUAUUUGCAAGAAAACUCAUUUUCAUUUACCUUAAUUAGCAGAGAAAAACUUCCGCAACAUUCGUCAAAUAACUGUUUUUAAGUACUGUAUUAUUUGCUUCUGCUGUAUUAUGCAUAACUAUCCAACAAUGUUUUUAUUUCUUCUAGAGAAAUGUACAUGAAAGCACUGCCUCACCCUGAUAAAGCACUGAUAUCAUCAAUGUCACACACUUCAACAUUUAUAUUUAUGUUCAGUGAUGGAAGUCAAGAUGAAAAUCUUCAAAAUCACAUGUUCCAGUUUAAUCAUGUAUAAAUAAAUAUGAUAAAAACUGACAAUGAUUAAUUGUCAAUCCCACAGUA